UAUACCAAGACGCAUGUACACGGUUGAGCUUCCAGUGUUAGAUUCAGGGAUGCUCUGUCUAUAUGACAUAUGGGAACAACAGUGAUGGCAAGUAUGGAUGCAUUCGUAUGUAAGUUUUCACUGGCUUGAGUAUAGUGUCUAUUAUGUGGACAUCUGCGAGGUGCUGGCGUCCAGUGCUAAAAUAAAAGGUAAAAUAUUCCGUGUUUAUUUAAUUACUGAUAAUCGUUUAAAGCUUUUAAAAUAUUUUCUUUUAAAUACAAACUGUGCCUGCCAGUGAACGCUUGAAUUUGUGAGCUGACACGGGUCUAUCGCACCUGACGAUACAAUGAACUAUCUCCAAUGGCAGUUAGAAACAAAAGCUUGAUUGGUAAGUGUGCCAUUUGCUUUCUGUUUUAAACAUGCGUCUUAAAAAAUUAAUCUUUAAUCCUAGGCGUCUUUCAUUUAACACUCAUUGACACUAAAAGUACUAAUCUCUCUAUUAAUCCCCUUCCCGGAGGCGAGAGCCGAGGCUAGCUGAUGGCUGCUUCAAUACCUGUAGAUCGGAACAACGGGCUGACCAAUCAGAGGCCGCGAGGCCGGCGUAUCAGAUAUGACAAUCAGCUAGGGCGGAGCUGUAUUUUUCACGUCGGAGCAUAUAAAUUGAUGGUUAACCUUGAAUGAAAUUAGCACCAACGUAACAAAUAAUCAGUGAAACGGCUUGGGCGUGAUACCUGGAAGAAACGUUGUAACACAAUCAACAAAGAUAUUUCUAAGAAGACAAAUAAUGCAGAGAUAUACGUUGAACAACUACAUUGACCUAAAUCCCGUGAAGAUGACCUCCCCGACGUGUGAGGACCUGGGUAUCCCUACAGAAGCUGAGGACAUAGCCUACUCUUUUUGUCGUCGCGGUCUCAUCCGCGGUAGUGGACUUCACAUCGAUGGUAUUAGAUACGAGUCCAUGAAGAGCAACCCUUUUUCUCCAGUGUGUAUGAUCCCAGUCCCAACACAGUUUACACUAGAUUCCGGACUCGAACCUUCAUUUAUCAGGAAACGGAACGAGCGCGAGAGGGAGAGGGUGCGGUGUGUGAACGAUGGGUACGAGCGGCUGAAGGAGCACUUGCCACUUGACAACAAGGAGAGGAGGAUCAGCAAAGUGGAGACCCUCCGUGCCGCCAUCCAGUACAUCAAGCACCUACAGACAUUGCUUGACGACCAGGGGGACACGGUCACCAAGAGGAAAGCCACAGAACCUGACGACAAACCGAUCUCAAAGAAGCGGGUGAAGAAGGAGAGACAAAAUUGACUUAUGUGAUACUGAAGUUUGGUACAGGGUGAAGCGUGUCCCUGUGUGGGCGGCAUCAAGAAGUGCUAUCAUGGCAGACGUGGUGUAUUGUCAACAUGUGAUGAACGGUGUACACUGAAUCUGGUAUGUAACCUGUGAACAGAGUGAGGGUA